AUGCCUGACUCUACAACACGGGUUGUCUCUGUCCAGCGCCUCAACCAGGGCCCGGGUGACCGGUCUCUGGCGGAGUGGUGGGCAGAUGAGUGCAAGAAUGAAACGCCUGAGUCUAAGAUUAUCGAAGAGGCCGCCAACCUUCUCCGAACUAGUGAUACCCCCGUUGCAUUCCCCAGCGAGACCGUGUAUGGCCUAGGUGCUGAUGCUACCCGUAGCUCCGCCGUUCAGGGCAUCUACAAGGCAAAGCAGCGUCCUUCCGACAAUCCAUUGAUCGUUCAUGUUGAUUCUGUGGAUAUGCUGGAUCGUCUCCUCAACCCCACGCUGGGAAGCCCGCGCUCAUGUGCGACGCCUCGUAUCUCCAUUCCUCCUAUCUACCAACCUCUCAUUGAUCGAUUCUGGCCGGGUCCCUUGACUAUCAUCAUUCCCAACCCAUCCGGGUCUAAUUUGGCGCCAGAGGUGACUUCUAAGUUGACGACGUUUGGAGUACGCCUGCCCUCUUCUCCCCUGGCGCGUCUUCUCAUUCACGUCGCUGACCGCCCUAUUGCCGCCCCAUCCGCAAACGCUUCGACUAAGCCCUCGCCCACUACGGCGCAGCAUGUGUAUCACGACCUCCACGAUCGAAUUAGCUUGAUUCUGGAUGGUGGACCGUCUGGUGUUGGCCUUGAGAGCACAGUUGUAGAUGGUAUUUCCAACCCACCGGCCAUUCUGCGCCCUGGUGGCAUCGGUAUUGAAGCUUUGCGCGAGUGCGCCGGUUGGGAGAACGUCACAUUAGGUUACAACGAUGGCAACUUGGACAUGAAGGAAAUUCCCCGCGCACCGGGUAUGAAGUAUCGACACUACUCACCGAAAGCGCGAGUUGUAUUGUUCGAAUCAUCCUCAAAGGCCGCAGGAGUCGAGCGCCAUGUUCAAAAGGACCUUCAGGACUCCGCCAUUGGCGCACACAAUAUUGGUAUUGUGCGCACCCGGAACUGGAAGCAAGGAUUGAACCUUGCCCCCGAUGAAGACUUGGCUAGCACCCUCAAGCCCGUUCCGAACUCUCUUGAAAACCUGGUCAGCUUUCCCAUUCCAGUGCAGGAAACUGGUAGUCCGAGCAGCCGCACUAAGACGGCAUAUGACUAUCACCUUGGCACGGACACAGAGACCAUCGCGCAUGGUCUGUUUGCGGCUUUACGCGCUCUUGAUGAGCUGGAUGUCGAUGUGAUUUACGUGGAAGGGAUAUCUGCCCUCGACGGUGUCUUGGCUGCAGCAGUAAUGAACAGGUUACGAAAGGCUGCGGGUACGGAGAUGAAGGUGUAG